AUGUCUAGUAUUACAGGAUUAGUUGAAUGGGCAUUGGAAAACGGUGCUCAAAUAGCUCCAGAAAUUGAAUUCAAAGAAGUUGGCGAGUCCAAUAUUGGUGGUGUUUAUAAGGAUGCAAAUAAAAAGGAACGAGUUUUGCAAGAUGGAAAUUCAAUAAAACUUCCAAUUAAAUUGGCUAUAACUCUUUCAAAUGCUAUCGAAUCGUUCAAUAAAGAAGACGGAACUGAUUUUGAAGACGUCAGUUCCAAGACCCUGAACACAAAUUCCGUGCUUAAGUUAUACUUAGCCCGUGAAAGAACCAGUGAGCUUAUUGAGAAAUCUUUUCAUAAAGAAUAUUUAAAACUCUUACCUGGCUUUUCCCAAAUGGACUCACCAUACUUUUGGGAUGCCAAAGAUAAAGCUUAUUUAAAAGGUACCAAUUUGGGCAAUUCAAUCAAGGACAAUCUUGGUCAAUUAGUUGAAGAAUGGUGGCAAAUGAUUAAUCAAUUACCAGAAGGAAUAAAGAAACCAACUCAACAUUUCGUUAAUAUGAAAUUCUAUUAUGAAUUCAAGUUUUACACUGACGAUGAUUUGUAUAAAUAUUUUGUCAGUGACGAAGACGUUGAGAAUUGGACUAGUUUCGCCAAUUACUUAUGGGCAUCAAUGAUAUUGAAAUCAAGAUCUUUCCCAGCAUAUUUAUUGAAGGAUAACAUCGAGAGUAAACACACUUUCAGGGAUGAUGAGGUGAUGUUGUUGCCAUUAAUUGAUUUAUUGAACCACAAUCCAAAGGCUUUAGUCCAUUGGUCAGUGAAUAAAUCGGAUGACCAAGCGUAUUUCAAUUUCAAAGCAGACCAGGAUAAUGAAUAUCCUGAAGUUUUCAAUAACUAUGGUCAAAAGGGUAACGAAGAAUUACUAUUGGCCUAUGGAUUCGUUAUUGAAGGUAAUCCAGCCGAUACUACUGCUUUGAAAAUUAAGUUACCAAUUGAAUCGUUACCAGGUUUGGAAGAAAAGGGUGUAAAAUUUCCAAAAUUAUCAGAUUAUACUACUUCAGUCAUAAGAAAUGAUGAAACCGAAACUGGAAAGGACAACUAUAAACAAUACGAAGACGGAAUAAUUUUUUUCAUUUCUCGUACCACUGUUCCUGACAAUCUUAUACUACUUUUCCAAUGGUUAGUUAAGACUCCAUGGGAGAAAUCCUUAACUCUUAGAAUGAAACUAGCUGGUAUCAAUCAAUUACGUCAAGCACUUGAUGCAAAAUUGAGUAUAAUCAAUAACAUCAAGAUUCCAACAAAUGAAAAUGAAUCAAAAUAUUAUAAAACUAUUGAAGUUUAUAUAAAGUCUCAAAGGGAAAUUUACUCUGGUAGUAUUAAAAGUUUGAAAAAACUUGAAAAAGAACUAUUAGCUGAUUCCAAGAAUAAGAAAAGAUUUGUUACUUUGAAAAAUGUAUAUAAAAAAGAUAUCAAAUUCCAAAGAUCAUUGACUGUGAGUUUAGGGGUUAUUUCUUAUGACACCAUUGUUGAUUCAGGCUUGCAAGAUCAAGUUUGGUUGCUUUACUUAAUUCGUUGUUUCAACCGUGACAGUUAUCAAGAAGAGCAAGAAGAUGAACAAUAUAUUCCAGAAUGGAUCACCAGAGCUUUUAAAAAGAUGCAUGAUGAAACUGAAAUGAGUGCACAAGACGUGGUCAAUUUCAAAGAGUUAUAUCAGGGGUUAAUAAUCCCAUUGAACUCAGCAGUUCCAGAGAUUUACAAUAAGGGUAAAUGGACAGUUAAAGAAUUAUAUGUUAGUGGGAAGUUAUUAGAUAUAAUUGGAUUUGUUAGAGGUAAAGAACAAGAGACUAUUUUGGUAGAACCAACCGAUGGAGAACUCGAUUAA